CUCCACCUGUGCCUCCACUGUCCCCAGUGCCUUCUCUGCCCUCUCCACCACCUCCACGGCUUUCAGUGCCUUCUCUGUCACUAUGUUCACCAGUGCAUCCACAUCCUAUGAUAAAAUUGAAAGUUACAUUAGAGAUGCCUGGAAUGGAAAGUGUCCUCAUGUGCUGCUUUCAAAGAUCGGGCCAUACAACAUUUUUUUGGGGGAUAUUGCAAGAACAGCCCCAAAUCAAGAGCUAGAAAGUGAGAUUGUGAAUGCAUGCCUUUUCAUUCUCGUGAGAAGAUUUAAUCAAAACCACCAACAGCAGGCCCUUUGCAUAAACUCUUUCGAGAUGUCAUCUAUAUGGAGACAUGAAAAGACAAAGCUAAAGAUUGAUCCAAGAAACUUUGAUAUUGUUUUGGGAAUUAUUAAUGAAAAUCAUCACUGGAUGCUCAUGGUAUUUUUCCCUCAUAAAGAAAAGACACUUCUCCUGGAUCCUUUGAAGGCAACUCCUUGGAAAAUUACAAGGUGCCUUCAGUCCACAAGAAAAUUCAUGAAGGGCAAAGGCUGUUCAGUGGAAAAAUGGACAUGUGAAACACUACACCAUCCAGUACAGAGGGACAGUACAUCAUGUGGAGUGUUUUGCUUGAAGUUUGCAGAGUGUGUCCUCUGCAAUGACACACUUCCAUAUCAUUUCCUUCAAGUGAUCAUGACUUGAGAAGAUAUAGGAAGGACAUAGCACGCACAGUACUUGAGGAGACAGAUAAUCUGGCAGAGAUUUGCCACUACUGCGGCCUGCAAGAUGGGCUGAAGCCAAGAAGGAAAGGACACCACUCCAUGAUCAACUGGGACUGUACUGGGACAGAGGAGAUGUUUCUUUGCCCAGCCGUUUUUUUUUUGUUUUUUUUUUCCACUACUGAUGAUCUAAAAUAAAUUGAUUCUGAUGAUUCUAA